AUGUGGCUGUUUGAUGGUGCACAGAUUCGACUAGCACAGGUUCGACUACCGACUCAAUUGGCCUUUGUUGUGGAAGAUGGAAAAAAGAAGAAGGAAAAAAAGAAAGCUGCGGAUGCGUGGGAGGUCAAAAUGGUAUUUAUUAGCGGUGGCUGGCUGGAGGUGACACAAGUCGAGCCGCCUUUACUGCCGUACACCGUUCCGGUCCUCGCACGUCAAUCCAUCGCAGAUCCGAAGAAAGGCCAGUACACUACGGAUGAGCCGCAGCAAUCACGAGAUAUCUUACCCGAUGAUGCCACAUUAUGCCACUGGCCGUGGGGUAUGGACCCAGAGACACUCGUGUACCUUCUCUAUUCAGGGGCCAAGAUCGAUUGCGUGACUGGCUGUGGCACUGAUGAGGUGGCCCGUGGUUGA